GGUUCUCUUUUGUGUACAUUUUUCUUUUGACAAAUCUCUGAAAACCAUUUGGUAUUGUUUCUUCUCGUUUUUGCAAUCGCAGAUCCGUUUCUUUUUCUUUCUCCAUUUCCAUCACAAUGAAUGGCUUCUCUGAUCUUAACCCUUCUGAAAGCAAACCAUCGCUUUCACAUCUUGCUCCUUUAGAAGCCAUUCUGUUUGAUGUUGAUGGAACACUCUGUGAUUCAGAUCCUAUCCACCUUAUUGCCUUUCAGGAACUGCUUCAAGAGAUUGGUUUUAACAAUGGUGUCCCAAUCGACGAGAAAUUCUUUAUCCAGAAUAUUGCUGGAAAACACAACUCUGAAAUUGCUCUAGCUCUGUUUCCUGAUGAUGUUUCAAGAGGACUACAAUUCUGUGAGGAAAAAGAAGCUCUUUAUCGCAAACUUGUUGCAGAAAAGGUUAAGCCACUUGAUGGGCUUAUAAAACUGACCAAAUGGAUCGAGGACCGUGGCUUGAAACGAGCUGCUGUUACAAACGCUCCAAAAGAAAACGCAGAGCUCAUGAUAUCGAAACUUGGCCUGACUGAUUUCUUCCAGGCAGUGAUUCUUGGCUCUGAAUGUGAAUAUCCCAAACCACACCCGGGGCCUUACUUGAAGGCUCUUGAAGUGCUUAACGUGUCAAAGGAUCACACUUUAGUGUUUGAGGACUCGGUCUCUGGGAUAAAAGCUGGAGUUGCAGCUGGAAUGCCAGUGAUUGGACUAACUACAGGUAAUCCAGCAAGCCUGCUUAUGCAAGCAAAACCCGCUUUUCUCAUUGAGAACUACGCUGAUCCAAAACUGUGGGCUGUGUUGGAAGAACUCGAUAACAAGGGGAGUCCUCAAAAGCCUUGAAGAAAUGAAUGAGGAGCUUGUCUUUGCCUCACUUGUCUAGCUCAUGGUGCUCAUACACUCGUGAGCAGCCUCUGGAGUUACUUUUUUUAUCUUACGUUGAUUAUUGGUGAUUAUUCUUUCGGUGUUUAUGACAAUGGAAGCUUUUGAGUAGAUGACUCAUACAAGCACAAUACUAAGUUUGAAUCUCUACAAUACAAACACAAACCAAGAGAAACUAUAUGGCAAAUGCUCAUAUUGUAACUUGCUUUCACUGAUUGUCUGAUUGUUGUUAUAAAACGUUUUUUUUCAUA